GACGUCGGACGAGAGGACCGUGGGGCGGACGGUACUCGGAGGAGGGGUGUUGCUCGCUGAACGUCUGUGUCAACUCCAACAGUUUGCUAUCACCCGUGUAAGUGUGAAAUAUAUUUUUUGUUUGUUUUUUUUCGGGUGGAUUUACCGUCAGUUUGUGCCUUUGUGUGAUGUGUGCUGCGUCUCUGUGCCACGAUGAAAAGCUGUUAAGAAUGUCGAUGUAGCGUGAGACGUUUUCAUCGAAACAGCAGCUCUGUGCAAUGACACAAACGGGACUGUCAACCCGAGUCCGUUAACACAGUAGACUGUAUAUAAAAUAGACCUGGGCCUGAUGCAGCAGGUUGUUAUCUCCUCCUCAAUGAAGGAAAUCCGCUACAUCGUCAAGAAUAUGGACUGAAGGUAAUCCAAAAGAGUGAGUCACACGUGGCUGACAGUUGGGCUGAUGACCAGCAUGGCUACUUUUUCCUGAAUCAAAGAUGCAUGCUCCCCCUUUGGAUUCAUCCCUCUGACCGCCACUGAGCCGAUCCAACCCUCCAUCAGACAGCCCCAUCUCCACUUCCAUUGUUCUCUACUGUUUUCUUCUCUCCUUUAGUCAUUUUGGUCUGACCCUCUGCAUGUCUUACAGAUAGAGAGGGAAGUGUUAGCAGACUGAUUAAUAGGACAGUUCCUCCCUGCUAUUCAUGAGAGGUCAGCAGGGACACAUGCAGCAGGGAGAUGACAGUCAAAGGGAGUCAGAGGGGGUGGGCCCCAUUUUAGGUCCUGGAGCGCGAAGAGAAGCAGGGGGAUCACAAGGCCCAGGGUUGAAGAGGGCCCCAUUCCAGUCAGAGCACCCCUCCUUCAGUAAGAUGAGCCAAAACGCCAGGGAGAGCAUGGGGGUUCUUGGCCAGGGACUGAAACAGCUGUUCCAGCAGCAACGUAAACGCCUCUCUCGCUCCAACAUCCCCUCUUCGUCUUCCUCCUCCUCCUCCUCUGUAGUGUCAGCAGGUGGCUCCUCCCCCUCUGCCCCUGAGGAUGCCUUGGGGCCCUGCUGUCCUGAAUCUGACCACCUCUCUGCUCCUGUGGUUCCUUCUGCAGCUGGCCAGGGCUCAGGCGCUGUGGGCAUGAUGAGGCGUGGGACCAGCCUGCAGAGCCGCCGCAGUAAAGGAUCCGGGUCAGGAUCUGGGAGCGGAGACCGCGAUCCUCUCGUGAGAGGUAGCCCCCAGGCCCCGCACCGCCGCCACACCCACGAUCCACAGCAGCACAUCAGACGUCCACGCUCCUCUUCCCCCGCUGAAACCACACCCAGCAGCCCCACACCUGGAUGCACCGGGGGCGAUGUGGUGCUGUCAUCAGGGUACCACUCCACGGAGGAGACGGACAGGAUUGACCGACUGGAGGUGAGUGGGCUGGGACAAGCACCGCUGGCUGUUUCAUGUGGCACAGACAGUUCAUUCCCUGGAGGUGAGGAUGGCACCCCAGACCCUCAGCGCACAAAGCAGGCAAUCGCCCAGCUGCAGCAGAAAAUCCUUAAACUCACAGAGCAAAUUAAGAUCGAGCAGACAGCCAGGGAUGACAACGUUGCAGAGUACCUCAAACUAGCCAACAAUGCUGACAAACAGCAAAGCACACGCAUCAAACAGGUUUUUGAGAAAAAGAACCAGAAGUCGGCGCAGACCAUCCAGCAGCUGCAAAGGAAACUCGAGCACUACCACCGGAAGCUGCGGGAAGUGGAGCAUAACGGUAUCCCACGCCAGCCCAAGGAUGUUCUGCGGGACAUGCAGCAGGGCCUGAAGGAUGUCGGAGCCAAAGUCACAGGCUUCAGUGAAGGCGUGGUGGACAGCGUGAAGGGAGGCCUCUCCAGCUUCUCCCAGGCCACCCACUCUGCUGCCGGGGCCGUCGUCUCCAAACCUCGUGAGAUUGCGUCGCUGAUUCGCAACAAAUUCGGCAGCGCUGAUAACAUCCCCUCUCUUAAAGACUCUCUUGACGACCCCUCAGUGGAAGAAGGUGUGACAGGGGCUGGCGGACGUUCACUGGGCAGCGUUGGGCAUCACCUCCAGCCCAGUCCCAGGUAUGGUAGUGAGGAUGACUGCUCUAGUGCUACAUCAGGCUCAGCGGGGGCCAACAGCACCACAGGUGCCCCCGGAGGUCCCCCAAGUUCCAAGGGCAACACACUGGAGAGGAGUCAGAGCUCCAGCCUUGACAUGCUGCUGCAGGAGAUGCAGGAGCUGAGGGAGGGCCAGUCAAGGCUAGAGGAGAACCUUGAUGGUUUGAAGAGCCACUAUCAGAGAGACUACACAGUUGUUAUGCAAGCACUACAAGAGGAACGCUUCAGGUGUGAACGUCUGGAGGAGCAGCUGAAUGACCUGACAGAACUUCACCAGAAUGAGAUCCUUAACCUCAAACAGGAGCUGGCCAGCAUGGAGGAGAAGAUCGCCUACCAGUCCUAUGAGAGAGCCAGAGACAUACAGGAAGCAUUGGAGGCGUGUCAGACCAGGAUCUCUAAGAUGGAGCUCCAGCAGCAGCAACAGCAGGUCGUCCAGUUGGAGGGGCUGGAAAAUGCCACUGCCCGGACCCUCCUGGGAAAACUUAUCAAUGUGCUGCUGGCCCUUAUGGCUGUCCUUCUGGUCUUUGUCUCAACUGUGGCCAACUGUGUGGUCCCGCUGAUGAAGACGCGCUUGCGCACGCUCUCCACCCUCCUCCUCAUCCUCUUGCUGGCCUUCUUGUGGAGAAACUGGGACGCUCUCUUGGGGUACACGCACCGUGCUCUACAGCCCCCAGGAUGACCAGAUUGAAGCCAGCACAUGUUGCUUUGGUGACACCAGGUGAUGUAACUUUAGCUGCAAUCAUGCAGGAAGUUUGAAGAACGUGAUUGCCGUUAGAAAUGGCUGCGUGGCCAGGCACGGAAAAUACGGCCGAGCACAUACGCACACGGAAUCAAGAAAAAGUGGAAGAAACAGAGUAAAAGUUGAGAACACUCAUGAUUGUUAUUUAGGAAGGACAAGACUGUUUACAUUUUUAAAAAUGAACUAUUGUGUUGCUGUCUCUCAGAAUGCAGCAUUGUACUGUUUUUAUCUUUAGAGUUUAAUCAAUUAUAAUGUUAUUAUUUCUAAUAAUAUUGUUUUUUUUUUCAACGUUAUUUUAUUCAGUACCAUGUAGCAUUACACUCUUCUCAUUCUACAGGACGGGGAGCUUAGUCAGGAAACUGGGUUGGCGAUUUGCUCCAAAGGCCCAGUCCAAUUGUUAUGAAAUGCCAAUGUGAUAAUGUGGUUGAUUGCCUUUAGGAAAAGAACUUUUACUUAGCUGUGAUUGGUAGAUUUGAACCAACAAGUACAUGUACAUGUACAACAUGUAUUUGAACUUGGAUCAAAACCAUCCUGGGAGUUCCUUGCUGUGAUAGAAUUUGUUCAUACAGAACAUUUUGAAGGACUGACCAUGACCUUUGCGUGUCAGAUGACUAAAAAAUUGUUUUGUGCUUCCUUACCAUUUCUAAUAGCAAAGAUCACAUGCUUUUACUUGUUUCCUUUUUUAAGUAAAACAAGAACUGUGUUUAAUAGUGGGGAUUAUAACUGAAACACAAAGACAGAAUGGGCCAGCUUGAGAAGGAAAAGCUACAAUGCGCUACUCACCAUAGAAACGGCACAUAAACACACAGAGAACAUCUGGUUAUUGUUAAAGCAUCUAGCCAUACUUGCAACAUGUAAACAAUGCUGCAUAUUUUCAUUAAGAAACAAUACAUAGGAGCCAGUUUUGUGUUUUAAAAGCAAUGACACACAGCCAUUGUCCAAGUAAAAUCAAUUUGCCAGGAUAAUUGUCUCCCCUCCCGCCAUAUUUGAUGUGAUCAGGUCAGGAAAAAGAGACCACUGGUGCUUAUCCAGCUCCAUCUCAGUUGGAACAGGAAUGCUGCUGCUUUAUAUCUACAGUGCAAGUCGUCUCCACUGCCGUGUUAGUCAAAUGCACACUGAUAUUGUACUCUUCAUCAGACUUCCUUAUUUUUCUGGCCGUCCGUCUUUUUCUACCAGUACACCAUCUUAUGGUGCAAUCACCCAGUGCCAAACCUUAGUCUACCCAGGGAUGCCUGAGCACCCAAAGGGUCCAAGCUGAAAGGAAAGAAAGGGGAGGUUGCUCAGCAGGUCUCGCUUUUAUUCAGAUACAGUAUGCCAUGAAUGUCUUUCCUGGAUGUCAAGGAUGUAUCUUUUUGCAAGGGAAAUCUGUUAGAGAAUUCACAAUCUGAACAUGAACUUGAUCUUUAGUGGUGUGUUUCUGCACCUUGCCUCCUUGAGUACAGUUCAUUGGCUGGGUUUACAGUCUUUAUUGUUCUCUCUCUCUCUCUCUCUCUCUCUCUCUCUCUCAUCAAGUCAAGAGAAGACCUAGUAUAUUAAAUAAUUCAUUCUGCAUUUCAUGCUGAGAGGCUGAUUUCCUUACAGAUAGCGAGAUCAUUUGAACUGUACAGCUGCACUUUAGCACACGGCUAGAUAACAUAAGUCAGGCUGAGAUUUGAGAAACCUUUGAAAGACACUUUAAAAGUUGUCACUCUUAAGAUAGUAUGCCUCCGUGGAAUAAGAGUUGACUCAGGUCAGGAUCACUGUCAUCCUUGUCUAAAGAUAAAACCCACCGGGAGGAAUUUAAUUUAUUUCUUGUCAAAACGU